AUGGAAAGAAUUUGCAUUUUAUAUGUUAAUGUAUUAUUUUGCUUGUUUAUAUUAGUUGAUGGCUUGAGUGAAACGGUCUAUGAAGGUGAUAGUUUACCGCAACAUGGACGAUGUGAACCAAUCACAAUACAGUUUUGUCAACAAUUGAGAUAUAAUCAAACGAUUUUUCCGAAUUUUCUACAUCACGCCAAACAGGAGGAUGCUGGCCUUGAUUUUCACAAAUACACCCCUCUAGUAAAAGUGAACUGCUCACCAGAUCUCAAAUUCUUUUUGUGUUCGGUGUAUGCUCCUGUCUGCACAAUUUUAAACUAUCCGAUACCACCUUGUCGUCAUUUAUGCGAAUCAGCCAGACAUAACUGUGAGGAGUCAAUGAAACACUUUGGAUUGCACUGGCGGGAAGAAUUAGAUUGCUUAAAAUUCCCAGUUAUGACUGAUGACGAUAAUGUUGUUUGCGUUGGAGAUAAUAAUGUUACACACGAAUCUAAAAAGCCUGCUGUAACUAGGCUUCCCAAAGUAGACUAUAAGAAUAAUUAUGAAAGAGAUCCUACAAAAUUACAUGGAGCCAAAAACAUAGGUUUUGUAUGUCCAGUUCAAUUUAAAAUACCUGAAAGCUUAGAUUUAGAAUACUCUUUAAAAGUUGGGGACAAAAUAGAAUAUAAUUGUGGAGCUCCUUGUAGUGACAUGUUUUUCAGUGAAGAUGAAAAAAAAUUCGCCAGAUUAUGGAUUGGUAUUUGGGCUACAUUAUGUGCACUGAGUUGUUUAUUCACAGUUAUGACUUUUCUAAUAGAUACGGACCGCUUUCGUUAUCCCGAGAGACCUAUUAUAUUUUUAUCCGUGUGCUACCUUAUGGUUGCUGCAGCAUAUGUCAUGGGUUGGAGUGCUAAAGACAGUGUCUGUUGUCAAGGUCCAUUCCCAUCUACAAUUAGCGGCACAAGAUUACCAAAUGUUUCAGUUAUUACUCAAGGAACUAAACAUGAGCCAUGCACAAUACUUUUUAUGGUGGUCUAUUUCUUUAGUAUGGCAUCUAGUAUCUGGUGGGUCAUACUAACACUGACAUGGUUUUUGGCUGCGGGUUUAAAAUGGGGACAUGAGGCUAUUGAAGCAAAUUCACAAUAUUUCCAUUUAGCCGCUUGGGCAGUUCCAGCCAUUAAAACAAUAUCAAUCUUGGCGAUGGGGAAAGUUGAUGGUGAUAUUUUGUCAGGAGUUUGCUAUGUAGGACUGUGGGAUGCUGAAGCUCUCCGAGGAUUUGUGUUGGCACCAUUAUGUGCAUAUUUAGUUUUAGGUACAAUCUUUUUAUUAGCUGGCUUUGUUUCACUUUUUCGGAUCAGAACUGUUAUGAAACAUGAUGGAACAAAAACUGACAAACUAGAAAAGUUAAUGAUUCGAAUUGGAACUUUUGGAGUACUCUACACAGUUCCAGCUCUCAUAGUAAUUGCUUGUUUAUUUUAUGAACAAGCUAAUUUUGAUAGUUGGAUGGGAACUUGGCAUCGUGAUAUGUGCUCCACACCUCAGUAUUCGAUACCUUGUCCAUUUACUCAUCAAGAACCAGUAAGACCUAAAUUUGAAAUGUUUAUGAUAAAGUAUCUCAUGACAAUGAUUGUCGGGAUUACAUCUAGCUUUUGGAUAUGGUCAGGAAAAACAUUGAUAUCAUGGCGUCAAUUUUUUGAUAGAAUAAAAGGCAGAAGAACAGAAGCAUAUGUAUGAUAAAGUAAUGUUUAAGUAAUCAUUUUUAAAGCAAUGAGUAAAUUUUAAUUUUUUUUUUGCUUUACCAUUUGACAACUUGUUUUGUAAAAUAUUUUUAAAACUUAUUUGACAAAGCAUAUGAAAUAUACAAACAUUCUUAUAUAA